UGAAGAAGGAUAACUGGCAUUACCUGAAGAAGCUUGAAGCCACCAUGCAAUUCACCGUGAUGCCGGAGCUACCAACUCUUCCUGCGCCCGAGGUCGUGGCCAAGACAGACCAGUCCAUCACGCUGCGUGUGCAGUUGCCGCCACAGGACGGAGACGCGCAGUACAAGCUUCAAGCGAGCCACAGUGAACAUGGCUACGUCUAUUACUCCUGGAACGAAUCGGUGCUCUUCACGGGCCAAAUGUUCCCGGUCAAGGGGCUCACACCCAACACGACGUACGUGUUCCGGGUGCGUGUAGUGCACGACGCCAAGCGCCAGUGUGGCGAAUGGUCGGGGCUCACGGCCUACACGCGCACGUUCACGGAGGAGGAAGAUGCCAAGCGCUCGGGCACCGUCUUCGAACACGCGCUCAAGCUGGAGCGCGAGCAGAAGAGCAUUUUGCAGGGCCAGAUCUCCAAGCUCACUGGAAUGCUAGAUGAGCGCAAGACGGCGCGUGAGAACGACAACAAGGUGCAGCAGCACGAGGACAUGCUGGCCAGUCGCCGCAUCAUCGACACGAGGCUCAUAAAGCUGCAGCAAGAGCUCAGCUCGCAGACGACAGCGCUGCAGACGAUCAAGACCCAACGAGCUGCAGACGAGCAGAUGAUCACAGAGUUGUUGAACGAGCAGGAGAAGCUGCGAGUCACACAUAGCGAGCAGCAGGGUCAAGCCCAGUACGAGAUCGAGAUGCAGACACUGCGUGCGCAGUUGGAGAAGAACGAGGAGGCACUACGCAAGCACCAGGAACAGGUGAAUGCCAGUCACGAGCAUAUAUCGAGCUACGAGGCGUCGUUGGAGGCCAAGAAGCAAGAGAUCGCUCAGAAAGAGGACGAGGUCGAGAGGAUCAUGGCCGACUGCAACCGCAUGGUGCAGGAGCAAGCUGAUCUGGCUCACGUCAAACAAUUGGAAGUGGAAGACGCUCUGCUGGAGGCCAAGACGUCGCUGGAGCAACAGCUGGACAUCAAUACGUACUUGCGCGAAGAGGUUUCUCGUCUUCGGGAGGAGAAUCACCACUUGAAGAACCAGAUAGAGGAAGUGGACUCAGAGGUGGUGCCCAAGCUGGUGCGUCUAGAAGACGAGAACGAGCAGCUACGCGCACAACUUAACCGACGGUAGACAGCUGCAAACUCAAGUGGCACACUGCGCAGUGUGACUUGUAUCCUUGUGCUUCUCUCUGCUAAGACCUGUGUGGGUCUGCUGCCCCUUGUGUAUACUUAAGUACUCCCGCCCCCGUGUGGCUAUAUAGCUAUUUGCAAUACACUUUUCCUUCACUCUGAA